AUGGCGGCGCAAUUGCAGGUGUCUCAGCCCCUACGCCUAGUUUUCGUCCUCUGCUUCUUCUCUGCUCUGGCAAGCCGCUCCGGCUCCGCCGACGCGGCUCCGACGCUGGUCGACAGCCUUCCUGGCUUUGACGGCACGCUCCCGUUCCGCUUCGAGACCGGGUACGUGACCGUCGACGAGGAGAAUGGAGCGGAGUUGUUCUACUACUUCAUCGAGUCGGAGGGCGACCCGUGUCGUGACCCGCUCCUACUUUUCAUCCCCGGCGGCGACCGCUGCACCUUCCUCCAAGCGUUGAUGCUCGAGAUAGGCCCGUUGAAAUUCAUCAUUGAGCCGUACGAUGGAACCACCACACCUCGCCUACAGUACCAUCCCUACUCUUGGACCAAGGCUGCGAGUGUUUUGUUCCUCGAUUCGCCCGUCGGCGCCGGUUUUUCGUUCUCCCGUAACCCCAAAGGCUAUGAUGUUGGAGAUGUCUCUUCUACGUUGCAGGUCAAUAAGUUUCUCACCAAGUGGUUCGCCGAGCACCCAGAUUACCUUGCAAAUCCUUUUUAUGUCGGAGGAUCGUCGCGCUCCGGAAAGAUCGCUCCAUUCCUCGCGCAGAUAAUCUCAGAAGAUAUUGAAGCUGGAAUAAAGCCCAUAGUUAAUCUGAAGGGCUAUCUAGUAGGUAAUCCGAGUACAGGAGAAAGUAUUGAUGAUGACUCGAAAGUGCCAUAUCUGCAUGGAGUCGGAAUAAUUCCAGAUCAACUAUACGAGUCGAUAGUGGAGAACUGCCAAGGGGAGGAUCGUACCAAACCCAGGAGCAUACCUUGUGCUCAAGAUCUAAGAAGAUUCAACGCCCUGUAUGAUGAAAUUGACGAGAGACACAUUUUGUAUAAAAAGUGCACAAAUGUGUCUAUUGGACAUAUUGACCUGACCACGGAAAGAAAGAUCCUAUUGGAGGAAACUAGAGUAGCCAAACAUCCACCACUUCGCCCUCCAAUGGAUUGUCAAGGUUAUGCUAAAUACCUGUCAUAUUAUUGGGCAAACCUGCACAUCACUAGGGAAUCACUUGGAAUCAAAAAGGGGAGCAAGGACGAAUGGGUGAUGUGCGAUCAAAAUAGUCUACCUUAUUCUCCAGACAUCAUGAGUAGCAUAAAGUAUCACCGUAAUGUGACAUCAAAAGGUUAUCGUGUCUUGGUAUAUAGUGGAGACCAUGAUGCUUUGGUACCAUUUUUGGGUACACAAUCUUGGGUGCGGUCACUCAACUUCCCCGUUUUAGAUGAAUGGAGGGCAUGGCAUCUUGAUGGACAGUCUGCUGGAUUCUCCAUAACAUACAAAAAUAACCUGACGUUCGCUACUAUAAAGGGCGGUGGACACAAUGCACCAGAGGACCAGCCAGAGAGAGGAUUCGCUAUGUUCAGUCGUUGGAUUUCUUGUGACCCACUUUGAUUAUAG